AUGCCGUACGCACCACGGCCCCUCAGCUCCUCCCUCAGCCCCUCCCUCAGCCCCUCCCUCAGACCCUCUGCCCCUCAGACCCUCCCUCAGACCUUUAGCCCCUCAGCCCCUCCCUCAGACCCUCAGCCCCUCCCUGAGCCCCUCAGGCCUCAUCACUGCUCCCUCAUUAUUGUGAAGGAGUGGGGCGGAUGUGACUCCGCGGGUCCCGCAGACAGAGCGGACUCUCACAGAGACAUGUCCAGCAGCGGAGGCCCCAACAGCGGCCUGGUCAUGGCCCAGAAGGCGGUGAAGCAGCUGCGCUUCGAGGCCAGUGUCCACAGGAUAAAGGUGUCUCAGGCGGCUGCAGAGCUGAAGACCUUCUGCCUCCAAAACGCCCACAAAGACCCCCUCCUCACCGGGGUCCCCCGGGCCUCUGGAUACCUGCUGACGGAACAUCACAUGAAGACAUGA